UCGAUCCAUCGAUGGUCAUAUGAUUUUCUGUUGAUUGAUAAACAUUUUCAACUCAACUUGUUUUGAAUUUAAAUCUUUUUGUUUUCCAUCAAUUCUUUUGAAAUUAAUUAACAAUUUACUGAUCAGUGGAAUCUCCUGACGUUAAUUAACUACAAAUGGCUGUUCCAUGUUUAUCAAUGUUUUAUAGACAAAGCUUGAUGCCAGGUCUCAAUGCGUUAAUGUCUUUACAAUCUCGUAACAUUUACUAUGAUAGGAAUACAUGUCGACCUCAUUCACAUCCUGAGGUGCUUAAGAGAUACUUUCGACUUCGAUGGGGUGGAUGGAUUCGUGCUAGACCGGGUUUUAAGCGGCACUUGUGGAAGAAACCGUUUUGGCUUCGAUCAUGGGCCAUUCAACAUGUUUUCGUUAAGGACAAGGAAAGGGAAAUGCUGGAGAAAAUGAUCUCUGCAGAUUAUAAGAGAAGUCGAUAUUUUAUCGAUGAUAUUUAUGAACCUUACCAUCGACGAACCGAUAUCGAUAUUUGUCCACCCGGUCAAAGAAAAGUUUGUAAAAGUUACAUAAGAUCAAUUGAAUCUCUCAAUUGAAUUGGAUAUUAGAAAUGUAUAUAUUAUAUAUACUUAGUGUUUAAUGGAGUUAAAAAUUACAAACAAAAUUUACUUUGCAUUUGUAUAAUUGUUAAUUGGUUGGUAAAAUCUUCAAAAAUAGAAUAAUAAUUAAUGUUAUUUAGGUUA